GUAGUCGCGGUGCUGUUGCUCUCCCAGCCCGGCCACAGCCGCCGCCUCACCACCUCCCUCCCCCCCCACUCCACCCCCUGCUACACUCAGUGGUCUCCAUCUCCUCAGCCACCCUUUAUUUUCAUCCCAAGUAUUUUUUGCAGACUUUCUUUCUUUAACUUUUUUGUUGUUGCAGUUUCUUUAUUUCACCUCCGUUUGAAGUGCAGCGACUUGUUCAAUCUUCUGAAAUACUUUUUUCCCCUCUCACAAUAAUGGAAAUACAGCAACUUGUCGAGAGAUUUAGUGAUGGUUCGGAUGAGUUACAUUUCACUGACUCGACGUCUACUGAACUACCCCACAUGCCGCUGGGCAGCGGUACUCCCACGGAUGAAGAGCCAGGUCCACUCAGCUCUGGCGAUGAGCCCAGAGGAGGAAACUUACUCCACGACCAGGCCAACGCAGCCCCGUCGGCGGCUGCUGAGGAGAGUGUUUCUGAACAGCAAUCGGCCUUGACUGAGACACCCGAUGUUUUGCAAAUCGAGGAUAACACUCAACCUAUGCCUCACCUUGUCACAUUCAACGUGACUGUAACGCUGGCUGUGCCCGCUGCAAAAGAGAGCGAAACAAAGAAAGAUAGUAAGUCUAGAGCACUGCAGAUGUUGGAUGCGUUAAAAGCUCUCGGCUAUUUCCAUAUGGAAACAGCACUCCUCCCAAAUGCUGACCCAGCAAAAUUUGACCUAGUGACUUUUGAAAAAGCUGCUAAGCUAUAUACGACAAAUGAUUCCCAGGUUUUAAAACCCUGGAAUGAUGGUGAACAGAGGUGGUUUGUCUUCAAUUAUAACAUGGAGCUGCCUGUCACAAAAGAGAUGCUAUUAACACUUGUCCCCCAUAUAAUGACACUUCGGAUAUGGGAGGGUAAAGAAAAAGUGAGCCCAAAGGCCAAGUUUGAUCGCCCUAAGAAUUUACAUAAUCAAUUGGAGAAAGAAGGAGCAACCCAGAGUGGUAUAAAACAGUUGGUUAAGGAGCAAUUGACCUUGUUAGGAAACAGUCCCCUCUUGAUAACCCAUAAAGAAAAAGAUGAUUACCUGUUGGAACCCACAAUCAUUUCUGUACAAGAAUCACUUUCCACAUUGGCCAUUCCAGGAGUUGAAAUAAAUCUUGAAGAUGAACAGCAACGGAGGAAAAUCUGUGCAGAUCUAAAGGCAAAUAAAUCAAUCAAGUUGACACGUGGAAAAACGCAAUCAUCAAAUCGGAUGAUUACAAAGGGAAUCAAAACAAUCAAAGAAGGUACGUAAAUAUAAAUGUUGUACCUUCAGCUAAAGACAAAGAAAGUUUUUGGGAGUUAUUUUUCAUCUCCUAGCAGGA